AUGCUAUACGCAGUAUACCAGAAAGGAAGUCCAUCGUCCAGUUGUUUUGGUUUUAUUGAUGGAACGGUGCGACCUAUUUGUAAGCCUGGAGAGAAUCAAAGGAUCGUUUAUAAUGGGCAUAAGCGAGUACAUGCCCUAAAGUUCCAGUCUGUAGCACUGCCAAAUGGUAUAAUAGCCAGCAUGUAUGGCCCAGUAGGUAAUUAAAAUUAUAGCAGCAUUUUAUUGAUGUAAAAAUAUUUUGUUGUGAAUCCUCUUACUUCUAAUUUAAUCUAUUUCACUGUUAUCUUCCAGAGGGGAAGAAACACGAUUCUGCCAUGUUAGCAGAUUAUGGUCUUCUUCAACAGCUGGAGCAUUAUGCUUUUUCUCGAGCAGUAGAGCCAAUGGCUCUUUAUGGGGACCCUGCUUAUCCCCUCCGUGUCCACUUGCAAGUCCCCUACAGAUGUGCAGGAAUGACGCCUCGCAUGGAGGAGUACAACAAGGCCAUGAGUGCUGUGCGUAUUUCUGUAGAAUGGCUUUUUGGUGACAUUAUAAACUACUUUAAAUUUCUCGACUUUAAAAAAAACUUGAAAAUUUCUCUGAGUGCUGUUGGGAAAAUGUACAUGGCAUGUGCCAUUCUUCGCAAUGCCUUGACUUGCAUGUAUGGCAAUUCGACAUCAGAGUUUUUUGCCCUAAACCCUCCUAGUGUACGCGAUUAUUUUAAUUGA